GCUGAGAGACGUCUAAAAUUGGCCGAAGCUGCCUUUCACGAAAAACUAAUCAGUUUGCGUGUUGAGCAUGAGGCCAGUUUAGCACAAUUGAUGGCUCGCAAGAAUUCUGAGGCCGAAGCCUGGCAACAGACAGCGGAAACUAAACGUGCUGAGAUGGCGGCCUCAGUAGACCGGCUGGAACAGCAAUUGGCUGUCGCUUCGGCUGCCGCUGAGCAAGCAAAAAAGCAGGCCAACGAUAAGGUUUGUCAAUUUUAUUUAAAUUACUUUGCUAUUUCAUUAAUCAUGGGCUGUUGCUUAGUUCGAAAAUCUUGCGAUCACUUAAUCACAAGAUAG